AUGCUAGUAAAUCUCACGGAUCUCAAAACGCAUACAUUCAUGAGUAACCUAGUCCGUGCAAGCGAAAUUUCAUAUCGCAUUGAACAAAAAGAUAUGCAUAUAGUAAAAACGCUCUCUGAUCAAUGGAAAGAGGCAGGAAAUAGUCUCGUUACUGAAAUUAUUGGGGACUAUACAUGGAUUUGGAAGGUCAUAAUAUCAAUUUUAAUAGCCAUAUUAACUCUAGAUUUAGUAAUAAGAUGGGGAAUUAAAGCAGCAGAAAAUUAUUUAGGACAAGGACAGUUAGGAAAUAUGCUAUUUGGUCAAAGUCGAAAUAUAAUUAACAGAGCUAGACAGACAAGCAUUAACAGAAACACAGAAGAGAUUCCAAUGGUCAAAGUUAACAAAAAUCCUGAGUUUAAAAGAGAAAAAACUCCAAGUUAA